CUCCGCACGUCCUGCAGAGGUUUUGCGGAAGAUCUACUGUACGUAGGUUGCUAGGUGGUCUGCUGUUAGAGAGGUGAAACUCAUUUUAGGUGACAGAGACGAGCAAAAACAAGAAUUUUGCCGGAGAAAAAGCGGGUCGUGAUCGAAACGACGAUACGGACAUGGCGUCAAGCAGCCCCUGUGUUGUGAUCAGCGAUGAUGAGCAGGGAUAUGACCUGGACCUCUUCUGCAUCCCAAAGCACUACGCUGAUGACCUAGAUCGGGUCUACAUCCCACAUGGACUCAUCCUUGACAGGACAGAGAGGCUAGCCAGGGAGAUUAUGAAGGACAUGGGGGGGCACCAUAUUGUGGCCCUCUGCGUGCUCAAGGGGGGUUACAAGUUCUUUGCAGACCUGUUGGACUACAUCAAGGCCCUAAACCGUAACAGCGACCGCUCCAUUCCUAUGACAGUGGACUUCAUCCGCCUCAAGAGCUACUGCAAUGACCAAUCUACAGGUGAAAUCAAAGUCAUUGGAGGGGAUGACCUGUCCACACUGACAGGGAAGAAUGUCCUGAUUGUGGAGGACAUUAUUGACACAGGAAAGACCAUGAAGACCUUGCUGCAACUUCUCAAACAGUACAACCCAAAAAUGGUAAAAGUUGCAAGUUUGUUGGUGAAGAGGACACCAAGGAGUGUUGGCUACACACCAGACUUCAUAGGAUUUGAGGUUCCAGACAAAUUUGUGGUGGGAUAUGCGCUAGACUACAACGAGUACUUCAGAGAUUUAAAUCACAUCUGUGUCAUUAGUGAAACAGGGAAGGAAAAAUACAAGGCCUGAAGAGGACAGCCCUUCCUCUAGUUGUCUAUCAUUCUUUUUUAUGUUGCUUUAAUUUGAUAUAUCUGAUUUAUAUAUAUUUUUGGUCAACAAAAAAUCAAAUCAAGGGUGCAGCUCACUGGAAACUCUUGCUCACACAUGUACAUGUUCUGCUCAGGGUCCCUGAGGUGUACACACACACUUACAUUGCCCCUCAUAUUUGCAAAGCACCUCUCUCAACCUCCACAUGCUGUGCUGCACUCUAGAAACCACACACACUUUAAAGUGUCAAGAUUGAACAUUUCUGAGGUGUGACAUUGCCUUGGACAUAUUGGUAUGUGUGAGUCCAUGUGCAUGCUGUCAUCGCUUUCAAUAAAUAGAACAUUUGCUUGCCCUGUUAAAAUGAUCAA